UCUCAAGCACUUCCAAGGCAGAAAACAAGCCAUUCUCUCUCCCUCUCCCGCAACCAAAGUACCAUGGUUACGAAUGCGAACGCCGAUGAGCAGAGCCAGCGGCAUAUGGAGCAUGAGAUCCGUGGCAUGAUCUCAAAGCUCACUCACCAGCUCACAGCCCUCGGCAGGUCCACGGCCAGGAAUGAUCAGGAGAACGAGGAGGCCGAUCACGGGGUGAGGAUCAUCACACUAGCGGGGGAAAACAAGGGAGCCACGAUGAAGGCGGACUUGGAGGAGAUGAUGGACACCCACGGUGCUCUGCACGAUGAUGAGAGCGCGAUGAGUGCGUACACCAACAGCAACUAUCAGGCUGUCAACAACUCGAUCCUUCUCGGUGGGACCUGCAAGGCGGAGGACCCGGGUGUUCAUAUAGUCAUCUCGGACUAUGCGGACGAGCAUGGAGAUAGUGACCAGGAAAGCCAUGAGAAGAAGGAGAAGAAGGAGAAGAAGAAGGAGAAGAAGGAGAAGGAGAAGAAGGAGAAGAAGGAGAAAAAGGAGAAGGAGAAGGAGAAGAAGGAGAAGAAGGAGAAGAAGAAAGAAGGAUCCCAAGGAGAGAGGCAUUCAGAGGUGGAAGGUGACGAGAAGAGUGGGGAUAGCGAGUAGCAUGGCCUAACGGGACACAUGAACAUGUAAUUUGCGUGUACUGAAAAGCGGACGGAUGGUAAAAUUCAUCAUAAAUAAUACUUGAUGCAUUUUAAAUUUUUUAUCUA